AUGAAGUUCACAAAGAAGAUUCUGACUACUUUGGGCCUGCUUGGAGUGACUGAAGCUAACCUGGGCUCAAUCAAUACCGAGAAGCAUGUUGCCCAACAAAAUGCAGUCUCGAAGCGACCUCCAAACUUCCUCUUCAUUAUGUCUGAUGACCAAGACCUCUUACUGGACUCACUGUCCUAUACGCCAUUGACUAUGAAGCAUAUGCGGGACAAGGGAACCACCUUCAACAACCACUUCGUGACCACCGCCCUCUGUUGUCCAUCAAGAGUUAGUUUAUGGACGGGACGUUUAGCACAUAACACCAACGUUACGGAUGUUCAUCCACCGUGGGGCGGAUACCCCAAGUUUGUUGAGGGAGGGUUCGAUAAGAACUUCCUCCCGGUGUGGUUGCAACAAGCAGGCUACGACACUUACUACACCGGAAAACUGAUGAAUGCACACUCCAUCGAGAACUAUGCCAGUCCACACGUCUCUGGCUUCAACGGGUCGGACUUCCUCCUGGAUCCCUACACGUAUGACUAUAUGAAUGCAACUUACCAGCGGAACCACGACGCUCCAGUUAGUUACCUAGGAAGACAUACAACCGAGGUGUUGACGGAGAAGGCCAUGGGGUUCUUGGAAGACGCUCUUAGUGGAGAACGUCCAUUCUUCAUGGCCGUGUCGCCAAUUGCGCCCCAUUCCAACAUGAAUGGGACAUACGGUGCCGGAAGUGGGCCUCUAUGGAUGGACGAACCUAUCCCGGAAGACCGCCACAAACACCUUUUCCCUGAGGCCAAGGUGCCACGUAAGGCUAACUUCAACCCAAAGGAACCUACUGGAGUCAGUUGGAUCCAUGACCUUCCCUUCAGAAACGAAACUGAGGUGGACUACAAUGACCAUUACUAUCGCCAACGACUGCGUGCGCUACAGGGUGUGGAUGAACUUGUCGACAGUCUUGUUACUCGGCUAGAGCAGAGUGACAAGCUUGAUAACACUUAUAUCAUUUACACCUCGGAUAACGGCUUUCAUAUCGGACAGCAUCGACUUCCCCCGGGAAAGACCUGCGGGUUCGAAGAGGACAUCCGAGUCCCAUUUUUCAUUCGAGGCCCUGGAAUCCCAGAAGGGGCUGUGGAAGACUCCGUCAGUACCCAUAUUGACCUGGCUCCGACCUUCUACGAAUUGGCUGGUAUUCCCCUCAGGGAUGAUUUCGACGGUGCUCCUAUGCGCAUUCUGAGAAAUAAUAUGGGAACUCUGCACGAGCAUGUAACCGUUGAAUACUGGGGGCAGGCGAUGCUCGAGGGAGGAUUGUCUAACCUUGGUAAGCCUACGGUGCCAAACAAUACGUACAAGGCGGUUCGUAUACUGAGCGAGGAGUACAACCUUUAUUAUUCCGUAUGGUGCAAUAACGAACACGAACUUUAUGAUCUCACGAAUGACCCGUAUCAAAUCAACAACCUGUAUGCCAAGGUGCAGACAGAUAACUCACAAGAGACCCGAAUUAUGGGGUACAGCCUUUCGAGAGUAAUUACACGACUUGAUGCCCUUCUUUUGGUAUUGAAAUCUUGCAAAGGGACUUCUUGCAUUGAACCAUGGAGUGUGUUGCAUCCCGGUGGAUCCGUGCAUAACCUCCGGGAUGCCCUGAAUGAGAAGUACGACUCCUUCUACCAGGCGCAGUCCAAGGUGUCAUUCGACAGAUGUGAGUAUGCGUAUAUCAUUGAUGCAGAGGGUCCACAAGAAGCAUUGGCGUAUAGAAAUGGAUACAGUCUGGAUGCUUGGGUAUGA